CUACUUUUAAAGCUCUUGUAGACUUAGAAUAGACGUAAAAGUAGAAAGAGCUCUCGGUAUAAUGAUGGGGGAGAGAACACGCGUGUGCUAGUGCUAGCGACUCAGGUUCUAGGAAAACGACGGAUCCAUAGCCGAAAUGCCAAGAGUGGCCUUAAAACUUGACCGCCCAUAGAAUAACGGAGAGAUUUUUCCCCGCUUCGACUACCGAUAAAUCACCUCCAGCUUUGUCGCAAAUACUUACAAUAUGGAUAAAUGUAUUAUCGUGACUAGCGAUGAAAAGUCUUUGGAAGUCGCGCCCGACCGUCUUGGUUUUGCCCUCUUAUUUCGAGACUUCCUAGAUGACCUAGGCUUGACUAGUGAGCCAUUUGUGCUCUCUCAUGUUGAUCAUAAUACUAUGUCUAUCAUCUUGGAAUGGGCUCUGGGCCACUACGUGGACGGGAUUACCCUUCCUCCAAAACUCAAAUUCUGGCAAUCACGAGAGGACUUUGAGAUUCUCCGAAUCAUACCGACCGCAGACUUUCUCGGGGCUGAAAGCUUACUAAAUCAAGCGCUGACUCUCGCCAACCUACUCUUAGUGACGGAUUACAAAUUUCGAAACACCGUCGAGAAAACCGAGUUCUCGACGCAAAUGACUAAAAGACUCUUGACCCUAGAUGCAGUGCAAACUGCCCAGAGACAUUACAAGUACUAUUGUUACGCGCAGAUCGAUGGUUCUGAAAGAGAAAUCUGGAGCGAGAUCGUCUCGAGUUUUCCAGAGAGUAGCAGAGCUGUGAAGGAUUGGACGAUCUUUAUUUACGCUACUUUCACUACCAAGCUUAGAGUCAUCGGUAAAGAGAGCGAAACUGAGGAUCUCUCAGCAUUAAAGACCUUCAUACACGAAUGGCGCCCCUUUAUCAAGGUUACAUUCGAUCGUAUCAUGACUAUAUAAGCAUCAUCUUUCCCGAUGGACGAAUUCUCGAUAGUAUCUUG